CCUAAUCCGAGCCCGACGCCGGCGGGUCUCGGGGAGAGAGCGAACGCCUUCUUCGCACAGCCUCCUCGGCCCGACCCCUCCUUUGUAAUUUGAAUAAAACGCCUCCCAGCCCGCGCGCCGCCUUAACCCGCCGCCCUGUUCUCCGUGAUUGCAGGCGGCGUGCGCGCAGGACGGGCGGCGGUGGCCUGCAGGCGGCGGAGUUCGGCGCGGCUUCUGCAGGGUGCGACCCCCGGGAGCGCCGGGCACGCGCGACGAUGAGGGCGCGGCCGCAGGUCUGCGAGGCUCUUCUCUUCGCCCUGGCGCUCCACACCGGUGUGUGCUAUGGCAUCAAGUGGCUGGCAUUGUCCAAGACUCCGGCGGCCCUGGCACUGAAUCAGACGCAACACUGUAAACAGCUGGAGGGCCUGGUGUCUGCGCAGGUGCAGCUCUGCCGGAGCAACCUGGAGCUCAUGCGCACCAUUGUGCAUGCAGCACGGGAGGCCAUGAAGGCCUGCCGCCGGGCCUUCGCUGACAUGCGCUGGAACUGCUCCUCCAUCGAGCUCGCCCCCAACUACCUGCUUGACCUGGAGAGAGGUACCCGGGAGUCAGCCUUCGUGUAUGCCCUGUCGGCCGCCACCAUCAGUCACACCAUCGCCCGGGCCUGCACCUCUGGCGACCUGCCCGGCUGCUCCUGCGGCCCUGUCCCAGGUGAGCCACCCGGGCCCGGGAACCGCUGGGGAGGAUGUGCGGACAACCUCAGCUACGGUCUCCUCAUGGGGGCCAAGUUUUCCGAUGCUCCUAUGAAGGUGAAAAAAACAGGAUCCCAAGCCAAUAAACUGAUGCGUCUACACAACAGUGAAGUGGGGAGACAGGCUCUACGUGCCUCCCUGGAAACGAAGUGUAAGUGCCAUGGGGUAUCUGGCUCCUGCUCCAUCCGCACCUGUUGGAAGGGGCUACAAGAGCUCCGGGAUGUGGCUGCUGACCUCAAGACCCGCUACCUGUCAGCCACGAAAGUGGUACACCGGCCUAUGGGCACCCGCAAGCACUUGGUGCCCAAGGACCUGGAUAUCCGGCCCGUGAAGGACUCAGAACUAGUGUAUCUACAGAGUUCUCCUGACUUCUGCAUGAAGAAUGAGAAGGUGGGAUCCCAUGGGACCCAAGACAGGCAGUGCAACAAGACCUCCAACGGCAGUGACAGCUGCGACCUCAUGUGCUGUGGGCGUGGCUACAACCCCUACACGGACAGAGUGGUGGAGCGAUGUCACUGCAAGUACCACUGGUGCUGCUACGUCACCUGCCGCAGGUGCGAGCGCACAGUGGAGCGCUACGUCUGCAAGUGAGACUGUAUGCUCCGCCCCCGUGGAGGGGCGCUGCUUCUCUGAGGACCCGCUCAAGGGCCUGGAGACCCCGGUGGACUUCCCUGCAGAUGCCAGAUGCCAGGCGUGGGAGGCGGCUUGUGCUGUGACUCCACUUGGAAGCCACCACAACAGGAGGCCUGGUCGCCCUGGGAGAGCCGGGGCAUCAAAGGAAACUGAUAGGAUUAAAAAUAACCUGGCAGCCUGGGGCCUGAGUGCCCACAUGUUGCCUUCCAGGCUGCUCCAAGAAGUCAGGGCAGGGAUGGGUAAGACUGUGUGUAUUUGACCUUUCAAGGCCAGGAAGACCAGCUUUCUGGAAUGUUCUUCGGGACCCUGUGCCCACCACAUGGAACCACUAACUUGGGUUGUAAAUUUUUAUUUUCCUUCCCCUCUCCUGUGGGAUGUGGGAGCUACAAGAAAUAUUUAUAAAAUAUAGCUUUUUUCUUUGGGGUGGCUCACUUCAAUUCCUCCUUAUAUAUUAUAUAUAUAAAUAUAUAAUGAUUAUAUAUUUUAAACGAGUGUGUGAAAUAAAUGCUGAGCAAGCCCCGAACCUGCUCUCAAAUCUCUGCCCUCCUCAAGUGAACCCAGCAGAUCCUGGGCUGGCAGGAGGACUCUCCAGUUUCCAGGCAGGGCGGCCUCCCAUUGAUGUCCGAGCUCCACCCAGUCCUCCGACCUGGUCCUGGCCUGUUUCCCUGUCUGUGAUCUGUUGGUCAAGGGUGAGGACAGACGUCUUGAAACAUAAACCCGGUUGGCAGUAUCUUUAUUCCUCAGGGACAUUCUUACAGCACAGUCAUUGGCCACGGUUUCAGACCCAUUAAGCUUGCUGCAAGAAAGCUGAGACCUUAGGAAGGCCACGCUGGUGGAGUUUGGUGGGAUCCUGGAUGGUGGGACCAGCCCAUACCAUAUCUAUGAGGCUGGGCUGGCAGUGACUGAGCCUGGAAGUUGGGAAAGGCCCAGGCUCACAGCGCAUGCCUGAACAGGGGUUGUGGCUGCUGAUGUGCUAAGACGCAGGGACCAGCAGGACCUCUUCCCUUUCACAGUUGUGGGCCAGGUGGGCCAGGAAGGACUGUUUGGGUUUGGGGGGGUGGGGGAAGAGGGAGGCCAGCUGCAGGUGGGGUUAGGGAAAUGGUGGGGAUCUGAUUUGGGCAGCGGUGUGGACUGAGGUGCAGGGUGGAAUCCCAUGUGGAAAUGAGCAGAUGUUAGGACCUAGGGUUCUGGGGGAGGCCAGGCUGCAGAGUCACCUUUGUC